CACGGAGUUGAUGGGAACUGAACAAUAUGAAGGGUCCCUUUAUCCUGCUCCUUGCACUGAUUGUUGCAAAUACUGUAGAAGGAAGACCAAGGCAAUCAUCACCAAGGAAAUUCUAUGGUAUGCCGCAUCAUGAAGCUCCAAACUGUGAUGAACAAUUUCAAUGCGGCAGGGGUCAUCCCAUGGGCUACCCAGAGUGCGUGCCUGCAAGCGCCGUUUGUAACGGAUUUCCGGAUUGCUCGAAUGGCGCCGACGAGAGCGGAUGCUCGAACCCAAAUUGUGGGGCAUUUGGAAUGAUGACGUGCAAUGACAGACGAUCCUGUGGGAAACUAUGCGACGGCUUUACGCAUUGUCAAGGAUUGGAGGACGAAAUGAUGUGCCCAACGAUUUGCCCGAAAAAGAGUAUUCUGUGCAAAGAUGGCAAAACGUGCGUUGACUUGGAUCGUAUGUGCGAUGGACAUGAUGAUUGCCCUUCUGGCGACGAUGAAGACAAGAAGAUUUGUGAGAGAAUAAGUGGGCUCAUGGAUGGACAAGUCCGUUGCCCAAAUGGAAACGUUGCCUACGUUUGCGAUGGUGAUAAACAAUGCUCAGACGGUGCGGACGAGCAAAAUUGCAGUACUAAACUAACCCAGGAAAUAGGCAUGUGCUUGUGUGUGUCAAUCUGCGUGCUUAAGGAACCGAUUGAAGAUUGCACCAUUUUCUGCAAUGAUAUCGGUGAUAUCCCCCCAGCGAUGGCACCGUGUUUCUAACGUAACCUUCCAGUGUCAAGUAUACUUACAGGACAUGUACUGAAAUAAAUAGCAAGCUUCA